ACUAAAUCACUAAAAACCCUAUGUUUACUCUCCUCCCACGGUGCAAUUGGGAUUUAUGGGUGUUGACGACUGUAAUGGGAAAACUCAAUAAAAAAUAGUUAAUUAAAAAAGAAAAAACUGUGUUUCUCCAGGCCGUUGCAAAAUGGUGCAAAGAGCAAGAUAUCAGUCUAGUUGUGGUGGGUCCAGAAGAUCCACUCGCGAAUGGCAUGGUAGAUGCCCUCACCUCGUACGGAGUCCGGUGCUUCGGCCCCACCAAGUCUGGAGCGCAGAUCGAGGCCGACAAAGACUACGCGAAAAAGUUCAUGAACAAAUAUCAGAUACCAACUGCAAGACAUAAGUCCUUCACUGAUGCGGCAGCGGCUAAGGAAUUCAUUAACAACGCCCCUUUUCCCGCGUUGGUGGUGAAAGCGGCUGGCCUAGCCGCUGGCAAGGGCGUGGUGGUGGCUGCCUCCAAGGAGGAAGCAUGCGAGGCCGUCGAUGAGAUGCUGACAGAGUCAAAGUUCGGUGCUGCUGGGCAGGUGGUCGUUAUUGAAGAGCUCUUGGACGGCGAAGAAGUCUCGGUGAGUGUGCACUCAAGUUAUUGGAUUACAGUGACUUGUAGAAUAUAAAUCCAUAUAGAUACUAUAUUUGCAUUCAUAAUUAUAUAUUUAUAUUUAUUUCUUCUAUAAUAUAAAAAUGAAUCGCAAAAUGUGUUGGUAAGCGCAUAACUCAACAACGCCUCGACC